UGAAGAAUGGGAUGGUAAAUACAGGCAGGUGCUUCACCAGGCAGAUACAUACAUAGCUUUGUAAAAGGUUAUUUUUAGAAUAGGUUAGUGCAGUCCUGGAGAAUGCCAGCUUCAGUCCCGCCAGCAGAAAGACGGCAGAGAGCCUCAGCAGCAUUUUGCCUCAGUUUUCUCUCUUUAGUCUUCUCUGUUACAGCAUUCAGUAGCAGUUACUGGUGUGAAGGGAUGAGAAAAGUUGCCAAACCUUUCUGUAAAGGACAAAGCAAAGGGGAUCAGUGCAUCGGCUUUAAUAGCCCAGAUGGGAACAACAGCAGUGCUGUGCAGUACAUUUGGGAGACAGGAGAUGACAAGUUCAUUGACCGAAAGUUUCACGCUGGGAUUUGGUAUUCCUGUGAAGAAAUUAUAAAUGAAGUAGGUGAGAAAUGUAGAAGCUUCAUCAGUCUGACUCCAGAUGCUGAUCGAGGGGUUUUAUGGCUGUCUAUUGUAGCAGAGCUUCUGUACAUCAUUUUGCUUCUGACUGGAGUCAUUCUUAUGUCAGCAGAAAUGUGCUACUACAGUGCUGUCAUUAACGGGCUAAAGAUCAACGCCUUUUCUGCAGUAGUCACCGUAUUAGCAGGUCUUCUGGGCAUGGUUGCUCACAUGAUGUACACAACUGUAUUUCAAAUGACUGUAAAUCUCGGUCCUGAAGACUGGAGACCUCACACCUGGGACUAUGGCUGGUCCUAUUGCCUCGCAUGGGCUUCCUUCGCUUGCUGUAUGGCUGCAGCUGUCACCACGAUUAACAAAUACACAAAAACUAUUUUGGAAUUCAAGCACAAAAGAGAAAUGCUGGAAAGGAGUUUAAAGAUUAAAUACAAGUUUCCUGACCAUACAGCUCCAGACAAAGUUUGCAAUGUGUAUGUGAACUCUUCUCACAACCGUAGAGAGGACCCUGCACACGCAAUAAAAGGCUUGCAUCACCUGGCCACUAUUUCAGUUCUGUAAAUUUGAACCAUAUCUUCAGGCAUCCUGUAAAUCAUAGCACUAGAUAAGAAUGAAAAUGUAUUAAUUAAUAAAAAUGCAUAUUUGUGUAGCAUUAGUUAUUUUUCUUAAUAAAGAAAUGAUACUUCCAUGGAUGUUUCAAGGAAGUCUUAGUAUUGGAAAAGCAGAUUCAGGUGUCCUAGUUCAGAAAAAGACAGUGACACAGGUCCUCAACUGCUGAUUUUUAAGUGGUUUCUAAGGCUAAUAGAGCCUUAGAGUAUGUGGCUUUGUUAGAAUUUCAGAGCAUUACGGAUUUCCACCCUAUUUCUUUAUUGAAAAGACUGUAAAAAAUCCCAUACCAAAACCAAAACCCGCAAAGAGCAGGGCAGCGAGUAAGGCAGCCCACAUGCGGGGCACGGCUUCAGUAAUUUGUUACUAAAGGUACAAUCUCUCCAGGAAAAUCUGUGUGUUACAGCUUAUGAUUUAAGGGUUUCACUGUAUGCAUAGUGGUAGGAUUUACUGUGAAAGAAAGGCUAACAGAGGGAAGAGGCUUUCCAGCAAAAUACUACUCAUUUAAAACUGCUAGGAAGGCAAACAGAAAUCUGGAAGAUACAUGUUGCAGACAGCACACAACUCACCUGUGAAAUUCUCUAGGUAGCAUCCUGACAACAGCGUCAGGAAGAAUUAAAAUUUGAUUUGUGAUUAUCAUACAUGAAGAAUAAUCUACGAUCAUAUUAAAGAUGGAAAAGUAGACAUUAUUAUGAUCCUCAUCGAUCAGGAAUACACAGUUGCUCACUCUGAGGAUCAACGUGGAGCUUCCCAUGGAACUGAGCCACCUGUGCCUACUCUGUUGGACAAGUUUUUCUUCAUUUGCUGUAUGAAUCCUCCUGCUAAUGAGCCCACUGGGAAACACACUUGUGAACUGGGUGACAGAGGCUUUACACAGUAUAUUGAACAGCUCUGGGGUUUAGAAAAAUCACUACUUGCUUUUUUCAGGCAAAACAAUCUAACAUAAAUACAGUCUGAACUUGUUAUGUCAGCAGAACCCACAGAAUGUAUGAAGACGCUGAGGCUUUUUCGGUGGGCAGAGGAGCUUUCAGAGGGACCUGAAGCCCUCCAGCAUCUACAAUACCUACCAGUCUUCCAGUUUCUACAUAAAAGUUACUCAUUGCAUGGAGCCAGGCUUUUCACAGUGGUGCACUGUAGGAGAAUGAGAGCCACUGGGCAUAGGUUCAGGUAAGAGAGGCUUGGACUGGAUACAAAGAGAAACUUUCCCAUUGUGAGGACUGUCAAGCAGCGGACCGGGCUGCCCAGAAGAGGCUGUGCAGUCUUCCUGCUCGGAUGUUUUCAAGACCUGACAAGGUAAAGCCCUGAGCAACCUGGUCUUACCUCAUAGUGGGUAGGAGGGUGGACCAAA